ACAGCAGUGCGCAUGCGCUUACUGCUCGCACAUGCGCAGUCGCUCUCGUGUCGGUGAGGGGCAAAGAUGGCGUGUUCUGCGGCUCGCAGCUCCGCACGCUGGGUCACAGUGGCCGUGUCUUCCAGCCACAGACGGGCCUGCUCGCCUCUGCUCUCCAGCGCGGAUGGAGCCUACAGGAGCCUCUCGACGCUGUCCGGCCGGCAGAUGUGGACGGCGCGCGGCGUGAGCGCCGGAGGAGCCGGGGCUGCGGUGACAUUGAGAGGCAUGACAGCGGUGAGCCCUUCUUCUCAUGUCAUCUGUAAGAUGUCGUUCCACACCAGCUCUCCUGCUCGAAAACAGGAUUUCUACCAGAUCCUAGGAGUUCCACGCACAGCCACGCAGAAGGAGAUUAAGAAAGCUUAUUACCAGAUGGCAAAGAAGUAUCAUCCAGACACUAACAAAGACGACCCUCAGGCGAAGGAGAAGUUUGCACAGCUAGCUGAGGCCUAUGAGGUGCUCAGUGAUGAGGUGAAGAGGAACCAGUAUGACACGUCCGGCUCUGCUGGGUUUGACGCGGGACAGGCCGGCGCGGGACACCAGCAGUACUGGGGCGGAGGGAGCAGCAUCGACCCCGAGGAGCUUUUCCGCAAGAUCUUUGGCGAGUUUUCCGGAGCUCGAGGCUUUGGGGAUUUCAGUGCCAUCUUUGAUCAGCCACAAGAGUAUGUGAUGGAGCUCACGUUCGCUCAGGCUGCCAAAGGAGUGAAUAAGGAGAUCACGGUCAACAUCGAGGACGCGUGUCAGCGCUGUGGGGGCAGAGGCCAUGAGCCCGGAUCCAGAGUCCAGCACUGCGGCAGCUGCAAUGGCACUGGCAUGGAGACGGUGAACACGGGGCCCUUCGUGAUGCGCUCCACCUGCCGGCGCUGUGGCGGGAGGGGUUCGGUCAUCACCUCGCCCUGCACAGCGUGUCGAGGGACGGGACAGACCAAACAGAGGAGGACCGUCACGGUGCCUGUUCCUGCUGGAAUCGAGGAUGGGCAGACGGUCCGAAUGCCUGUGGGGAAGAAAGAGAUCUUCAUUACAUUCAGAGUCCAGAAAAGCCCGAUCUUCAGGAGAGACGGCGCUGACAUCCACUCUGAUGUCCUGGUCUCUGUGGCUCAGGCCAUACUGGGCGGCACAGUCCGAGCGCAAGGACUCUACGAGACCGUCAAUCUCUCGAUCCCAGUUGGAGUCCAGGCCGACCAGAGGAUUCGGCUCUCUGGUAAAGGUAUUCCACGGGUCAGUGGCUACGGUUACGGUGACCACUACGUCCACAUCAAGAUCAAAAUCCCUAAGAUGUUGACAGACCGGCAACGAGCCCUCAUGAGGAGUUACGCGGAGGACGAGACCGAUGUGGAGGGAAGCGUCAGUGGAGUGACCAGCACCACUGCAGGUAAAAGAUCCACUGGGAAUUAGACUUUAGUGGAGAUUCAGAUUGACUGUAAACCUGAUGGACAUACAAGAGAAGAGAAGCGAGUCUUCUGUGGACACGUGCAGCAUGGAGAUCAUCUUGACCGCUCCUCAGAAACUACAAACGAUGAAUGAAGAUCUGUGGAUGCGUUACUGACUCCAGAUCCCUGAGGAAUAUGAUCUACGCACAUGUUCAGUGCCAACAUCAACCAUAGAUCUUGUCUUUGGUCUGUAGUUUUUCGUUAAGGUUUUACAUAGUCAGGUCUUCAAUUUUCUGCUGUUCUGGAGCGAUUCACAAACAGAUGGGAUAUCUUUACGUCGGUAACAAUUUAAUUUCAGAAUAAUGAAGUCCAAUGUUCAAGACCUCACUGAACAUUACGUCCUUCUGCUUGAUUAGCCGUGUACAUAGACAGCUGUUUAUAUUAAAGCCAUUUUAACGGGUUGUUGUAGAGAGAAAUAUGCAGUAAUGAAUAAAAUCUCUGUGACAACUGUAAA